AUGCAGGAGGACGCGAGGCCGGUCAAGUGCGAGUGGGGAUGGCUGCGUCCCCACUCGACACCCGCCACGCUGCUCUGGCUACAGCAGAACUACGAGGUGGCCGAGGGCGUGUGCAUCCCCAGGAACACGCUGUACCUGCACUACGUGGACUUCUGCGCUCGCAACUCCAUGCAGCCAGUGAACGCAGCCAGCUUCGGAAAGAUCAUCCGGCAGCAGUUCCCGCAGCUGACCACGAGGCGCCUGGGCACCCGGGGCCAGUCGCGCUACCACUACUACGGCAUCGCGGUGCGCGUCGGCUCGCUCUACUUCGAGCCUCCGUACGCCAAGGGGUGAGUGGGCCGCCGGCUCCGCGGUGGCGCAGCGCUGAGCGGCCGCCGCGUUCGCAGGGCCGACGCCGGUCACCGGCGCCAGCCGCCGCAGUGCCCGCCCAGCCGGCUGCUGCUGCCCGAGUUUCCGAGGGUGCGCGAGCUGAUGCUGCCGGCGGGCGCCGAUGCCGACCAGCUGGCCGGCUUCGUGGCCAUGUACCGGGGACACUGUCAGCGGCUGCUCGACGAGUGCGCGCAGGAGCCCCCCGGCAUGCUGCAGUGCGUGGCACACUUCUGGCGUCGCGUUCCCGCUCACCUGGCGCCCCUUCUGGCCUCGAACGCCCUGGCCAACUUGGUGGGCAUCUGCGACGGCCUGCUGUACGGCGCCGUGGCCGAUGCGCUGAUUCCCGCCUAUCCACCGCCCCCGCACGACAGCAACGUGUGCCGGGCCGCACGUCUCCUAUCGGAGCAGCUGGAGCCAUGGCUGGAUGCUGCGCUGGCGGGAUUCCCGGCACCUCUUCGCGCCAUCAAGCUGCACAUGUGCCGCCGGCUGUCGCAGGCACUCGGGCGCCGCCUGUCACUGGCCAAGCUGUGGCCCGCGUGGCGCGCCGUGGUUCCCGACUGCGCCCUGCUCGACCUGGCCGCCGUGAGCACCGAGGCGGCUGCACGCAGUCCCCGGCCGGGCACGCCUUCGGCCCGCUUCGUGUACGCGCGUGCGCACGAGCUCUGCGCGCUGCUGGGCUCGGACGAGCAGGCGCUGUUCGGCUGGCUCGAGGCCCUGGUGGAACGCAGUGUGGCGUCGCCCAGUGCCGCCAGCGCUGCGUGCGCCGCGGGGCCCAUGGCGCGCCACUUCCUCGCCGUGUGGUGCGCGGCAGGAGCCGAGGCCGAGCGGCAGCUGCCCGCUUUGCGGCCGCUGCGCGCACUGCUCGACGAGUGGACGCGGGUGCUGCUCGAGCGCCUGCUCGGCGACGCCCUGCUACGGCAGCUGCUCGACAACGUCGCCAACGACGCCCCGCCAGAUGCCUGGUAUUGGCCCAGAGGGCUUGCCUCUCUAAAUUUGACAGUGUUGUCCAGAACAUGA